CCGGGGGCGUGACCAUCAGGGUGGGCGGGGCCAGAGAAGGCGGAAGCUUACUGUCUCCGGGCGGCGGCAGAACCAGGAGUCAGGAUUUCCACGUUCUCCGGAGCGGGGUGCCGGGAGACGGCGGGUGGCAAAACCCGGCGCCCGGAAGCCCUUGCUUUCUUUGACGCAAAGGCUCGGGACGAAGCAGCCGCCGUCUGCCCUGCGCCGGGCUAGGAGCGACCCCAGACGGAGCCUCUGAAGUCCCUCCGCCCCACAGCUUCGGCCGUCCCCGCCGCCGUCCUCGUGGCCAUGGAGUGUCCGCACCUCAGCUCCAGCGUCUGCAUCGUCCCUGACUCAGCCAAGUUCCCCAACGGCUCCCCGUCGUCCUGGUGCUGCAGCGUGUGCAGGUCCAACAAAAGCCCCUGGGUCUGUUUGACUUGUUCAAGUGUCCACUGUGGAAGGUAUGUGAAUGGCCAUGCAAAAAAACAUUAUGAAGAUGCACAGAUACCCUUACCCAACCAUAAGCGAUCAGAAAAGCAAGAGAAAGCUCAGCAUACAGUGUGUAUGGAUUGCAGUAGCUACAGCACAUACUGUUACCGUUGUGAUGAUUUUGUGGUCAAUGAUACCAAGCUGGGCCUGGUGCAGAAAGUGAGAGAGCACUUACAGAACUUGGAAAACUCAGCUUUUACAGCUGACAGGCAUAGAAAAAGAAAAUUAUUGGAAAACUCAUCACUAAACAGCAAGUUAUUAAAAGUAAAUGGAAGUACGACUGCCAUUUGUGCUACAGGCCUUCGGAAUUUGGGCAACACGUGUUUCAUGAAUGCUAUCCUUCAGUCACUCAGUAACAUUGAGCAGUUUUGCUGUUAUUUCAAAGAACUGCCUGCUGUGGAGUUAAGGAAUGGAAAGACGGCAGGAAGGCGAACAUACCACACCAGGAGCCAAGGGGAUAACAAUGUGUCUCUGGUAGAAGAGUUUAGGAAGACACUGUGUGCUUUAUGGCAAGGCAGCCAGACUGCAUUUAGUCCCGAGUCCUUGUUCUAUGUUGUCUGGAAGAUCAUGCCUAACUUCAGGGGUUAUCAGCAGCAAGACGCCCAUGAAUUCAUGCGAUACCUUUUGGAUCACCUACACUUGGAACUUCAGGGUGGCUUCAAUGGUGUUCCCCGAUCAGCAAUUCUACAGGAGAAUUCUACUCUGUCUGCAAAUAACAAAUGCUGCAUAAAUGGAGCAUCAACUGUUGUCACAGCAAUAUUCGGAGGAAUUCUCCAGAACGAGGUCAACUGUCUCAUAUGUGGAACAGAGUCAAGGAAGUUUGAUCCAUUCCUAGAUCUCUCCUUAGAUAUUCCAAGUCAGUUCAGAAGCAAGCGAUCUAAGAACCAGGAAAGUGGGCCUGUUUGCUCAUUACGAGAUUGUCUCCGAAGCUUCACUGACCUAGAGGAACUUGACGAGACAGAGUUGUAUAUGUGCCAUAAAUGCAAAAAGAAACAAAAGUCCACAAAGAAGUUUUGGAUUCAAAAACUUCCCAAGGUGCUGUGCUUGCACUUGAAAAGGUUUCACUGGACAGCGUAUUUAAGAAACAAAGUUGAUACAUAUGUAGAAUUCCCACUGAGAGGCCUGGACAUGAAGUGCUACCUACUAGAGCCAGAGAACAGUGGCCCAGAGAGCUGCCUGUAUGACCUUGCUGCGGUGGUGGUGCACCAUGGUUCUGGGGUCGGUUCUGGACAUUACACGGCAUAUGCAACUCAUGAAGGCCGCUGGUUCCACUUCAAUGAUAGUACUGUAACAGUGACCGAUGAAGAGACCGUUGGGAAGGCAAAGGCCUACAUUCUAUUCUAUGUGGAGCGUCAGGCAAGAGUUGGAUCAGAUAAACUUUAAUACCUCCUCUGAUCACAAUUCAUCAACUACACCGGACAAACAUUUCCAAUUUUCCAUAAAUACUUGAUCCAAG